CCGCCUCCUGCGCGUAAAGAGCGCGUCGGCACUUAACGCGCAGGAUUCAUGCGGCAGCUCGGAGCGCACGAGGAUGCUGGACCAAAACGUUGGUUUUUGUCAAUCAGAGAUCAACUCAGCCUUUAGGAACGAAUGAUUUCGGAACUUUGCGAGUUUAUGGAAGAGCGGAAAAGCGCCACCGGAGGAGAGAUGUUGGACUCCAACGUGUCCAAGACGCUGCGCGGAGCCAACGGCACCAAGAACUCCAGCUGCGCAUCCGUGUCGGUGGGGUUCCCGAUCAGCAUGAUGAUCACCGGCAUGGUGGGGAACUCUCUGGCUCUUCUCCUGGUCUGCAUCUCUUACAGAAAGAAGGAGAACAAACGCAAGAGAUCUUUUUUGCUUUGCAUCGGCUCGCUAGCGUUGGCGGACCUGUUCGGUCAGCUUCUCACCAGUCCCAUCGUCAUCUCCGUUUACCGAGCCGGCCUGAAGUGGCAGCGCAUCGACUCCUCGGGCAACCUGUGCGCCUUUUUCGGCGUGUGCAUGACAACUUUUGGCCUGUGCGCGCUCUUCCUGGCCAGCGCUAUGGCGAUGGAAAGAGCGAUGGCCAUAACGAACCCGCACUGGUACUCGAACCACAUGAAGACGAGUGUGACCAAGCAGACUCUGGCUGUCAUUUGGUGCGCGGUGCUGCUCUUUGCGCUGCUGCCCGUCGCCGGUGUCGGUAAAUACACGCUGCAGUGGCCCGGGACCUGGUGCUUCAUCAACACCGGGGACAGAGACGUGCCCGGGAACUUCUUUUUCUCCAUCACUUUCGCCGCGCUUGGGAUUUUUUCUCUGCUUGUGACAUUUUCUUGCAACGUGCUGACGAUCCGAGGUUUAGUUGUCCGCUGCAAAACCAAGUCCGGCGCGUCUCAGUCCUCCAAGCAGUGGGAACGGCUCACCACAGAGACCGUCAUCCAGCUUCUCGGGAUAAUGUGCGUCCUCCUUAUAUGCUGGUCUCCUCUGCUGAUGCUGAUGCUGAGGAUGAUCUCCACCCAGAUCUCCUCCCAUCACUGCGGACCAGCAGCAGUGGCCUCCAGCUUCACCUCCACCCGGGAUCUUGAUUUAGAUUGUAAUUUCUUUCUGACAGCAAUUCGCCUGGCUUCCUUAAACCAGAUCCUGGACCCUUGGGUGUAUCUGUUGUUCAGGGAGAUUCUGCUCCGCAAGUUCUGCAUCGUAGCUAAUGCCGUAUCGAACUGCUCCCUCAACGACCCGAAGGAGACCCAGACAGUACUGGAUGCUCUUAAUAAGCAGAACAAAGAUAAUAACUGCCUCCAGAAACUACAGACAACCUGAAGGACGCUUUGGAUGAAACAAGUUGGGGCCAUAUUCUGAUUUGUGUGGCAAUCACCUUGAAUUUGUUGUUGGAAACUUAAAGAUCACAUGACUUCUUUAGGUGCUCACAGAGGAAUAGUGAGCUGUCUCUGCUUUUGCGUUUGCUCAUAACACUUUGCAUUCAGCAUUAUGUAAGUAAGAUGUGUGCACGUGACCACAUCACCUCAUGCAUAAAUCUGCAGCGUGGCAGCCGGGAAAUCUCACUCGCUGCUGUUCAGUUGUCCUGUUCAUCUUUUCAAAAUAGAGAUGAUGUAGUACGUGUUGCGCCAUUUCUUUCACUGAAAUGUUUACAGUACUAUGAAGUCAGAAAUAAAAGGUGGCAUGCUGUGAAUGCCUUUAAACUGUAAAUCACUCGUGUUCCAUUUGAUAGUGUUGCCAUAUCUGCCA